AUUGUCAUCUGUUGCGACUUCGUGCGUUGGGCUCGGAAAUUGUUUAUUUUCAUUACUUUAUCAACCUUAUCAUAAUUAAUUCCUGUGAUGAACCCGCAGAGCAAGUCAACGGCUUUGUCCGUUGAUUUAAAUAAUUUCAUUUAUGGCGUUUCAAGAAGAAACACACAGAACGCGCCAGAGUUGACGAGAACUGGUCUAAGUUUGCUCAAGAACUUCCCAGCCGCUAGAGAUGCUGUGUUGGAAUAUUUCGCUAUGGUCUUUCAUGAUGCCGUCAACGUUUCUAUCACACAGACGGAUUACGAGACUGAUCUUGGUGCAAAUGGAUCCCUGGAGAGUGUCAGCAUCAUUGGACCGGAGCUGUGUAGCUUGGGACAGUCAUGGGCACCUUUUAUAGCUCCAUGGUGCAUCAGUCUGAUUAUGGACAUUGCUACAAAGAAAUCAAGUGUGCCAAAUACAACACUCCAAAAUGCAGAUCCUGUUAGAAUUCUUUUGGAUAUCACCACACAAAACUUAACCUUGUUGAACUCUGAAGAGAGGGCAAAAUGCAUUGACAUGAUGUUGGGCUCCUGGGCGUGUUCAUGGGCUGUAGGAUGGGUAGGUCGUGCUGAACCGGCGUUAGUAGCGCCUCGAGCUCUUCAGCUGGGCGCAGACGCCGCUAGAGCAGUUUUAGCACACCUGGCCAAUCAUCCGCCGGCGACUCAUCACGUACGAGUCGCAGUUUUAGAUCUGUUUCAUGAAGCGCUCAGGGAUGACAGUAAACCAGAAAAGAAGCGGGACGUGAUCCCCUAUUUGCUAAACUUGGCAUCCAAAUCAGAUAUUGUUCUCAAAGCUCUCACACAGGACAUUGAGCAGACAUUGACAGACGAGGUAAUGGAGCGUCUGUGCGCGGUGUGUGUAUCCCAGCGCGGUAGCGCGGCGUGGGCGGAGGUGUCCCCGGCCGCGCUCGUCGCGCUGCUGCUGCGGGCGGACGUGCGCUGUCUACUGCUACUGCUCAGGCAUGCAUUAUCCAACCUCUUCUGCAGGCAACUGCUUGAAUACCUACUUCAGAAAUUAGAAUAUGAAUGUUUGUUCCCUGACAAAAACAUUCCGUUGCUUAUGAGUGCCGCUGAAGAAAUCAAUAUCGUUAGAGACAAACUGCUAGAUGGCAAUCAGCUGGAAAAGUAUUCUUUAGCGAGAAUACUUAUUUUAGUCAGUUACAACCUCCCUUCAGAGUUUGUCAGCACAAUCAGUUAUUUACUUCAGUAUUCCCGAGAUGACUCCACUCUAGCUCUUCUAGUACGGAUUAUCUCCGGCACUAUAACUAUGCAUGUGCCUAGUGACAGUCCAGACAUUAGUAUGGAUACUGAAAGGUACCAGAAUUUCGUGAAGACUGGAGUCGAGUACGCAUUAAGAGACGCCAUGUUGUCCGACAAUGAGAUCAAGAUGUGCUUCCUAGACGGGUCCGUACCGAAGGACCAGAAGACAUAUUUGCAUCAUUUCUGUUUGAACAUUAUCAAGUUGUUGAGAUGGGAGAAUUCAAACCGGGUCCCUCAUUUACGGACGCGGCCGAUUGGUCGCGCGGUGGAAGCGAACUUGUACCGCAUUGGUGGCGCGUUGCAAGAGUACACUUCUCUAUUGAGGAUCAGGAAGGAGUGCACUAUGGCCUCCUUGGAUGAAAUGCCUACGUGCCAUGCUUUGGCUGAGGUUUUGGACCGAGUAGACAUGACAGGAACUAAAGCACCGCCGCCGAGUGUAGAAGUUAUUCUCAAAGUGGUACAAGCUACUGUCAAAUAUUUCUUCAGGUGUCUACAUUUAACAGAGUUGAUGGAGAAGUUGCGCGGCGUGGCGACGGCGUGUCGGUUGUUGCGCAAGGUGUGUGGGUGCAGCAAGGUGGCCCGCGCGGCGGCGCUGCGCGACCUGCUGGAGCACGCCAUGCUGCGACACGACGCCGUCUUCGGCAGCCGACCGCUGCAGCCCCCCCGGGCGCGCGCGCAACACGACCUGCUCAUACAUCUCAACCAGAAACAUGGUCCAAUAACGCAACUUACUCAAAGCCACACGUCAGUGUUCCACGCUGGUAUAAUCGGGAAAGGUGUGAGGAAACCAAACGGAUCAGACUCAAAUGAAAUCCCGCCAAUACUGACCACAAACAACGAACUGCUAAUGGGCGCGCUCACCGCCUGCAUGGUGAGUGAUGGUAACAGCGGCUUAGUAGAAGGAGCGACGUCCGUGUCUCUGUUGUUAGUGGAGCUGGUGUCUCCAGAUGUCAUGUACAACGGUCUGCCUUGGCCCGAUGAAGAUUUUACUAAGCAAGUGAGCAUAGAGCGAGAGUUGUACAUGCGCGGCGCGUUAGAGAGCUGUGCCGUGGCUCGCGCCGCUCUGAGGCGGGCAGCGGCCGCGCGGCCCGCGCUUUGUCUCGCAUCUGCUUUACUUCGGGCUACUGCCGCCACGCUACUGCAUCGACUGAGGGCUUAUCUUGAUCGACACACACAGUCAGCAGAGAUGGCUAAAGAACGUGCAGCAUUGACUGAACUGUUGUCCACAAUGACGCUAGGACAGCUGUUACCGCAUCCACUCAGUCAUAUGCUUGAGUUGGCCCCCGAGCUUACAGCUAGUGAGAUUGUGCAAGUUCUACGUGAUUGUUUAUGGAAUUAUACAAGAGAUCAUGUGCCUUCCCCUGCCUUAUUUACUUGUGAUUCUACUGGUCUCCACUGGCGUGAUCCUUCAACAUGCAAGCCUCCAGCAACAUAUACAGAUACUUUGAGAUUAAUUAUACAGAAGAGAAUCUCCAAACUUGGCCACCUUUAUCCCAUAAUGUUUUUAAAUCUUGAAAAGGAAAAUUAAAUAGUUGAUAAGGAACCUUUGUAAAUAUGUAAAUAUAAUUGUAGCAAAGAAAUAAAGUGCCUAAUGAUAGUACAAAAUAA